AUGGCCUCGACCGAACACUCGCACCUGCUGACACGCAGUCUCGCCGACACAUGGGACAGCGGGCACACGGCCGUGAAGCCAUACGGACCAGCGGUGACGCUCGCGAUGGCCCUCAACUACAUCAUUGGUACGGGCUGCUUCGGGCUGCCGUAUGCCUUCAUGGAGGCAGGUAUUGGACUCUCCUUGACGCUCCUGGUCGUGGGCGUGCUCGGUUCGCUCAUCACGAUGAACUACACGCUCGAGUCAUUGGCUCGUGCUGAAGGCGUGUGCGCCGCCACAGGUGGCGGGGUCCCCCGUCAUCAGAUCACGUAUCGCAAGUUCGACUUUGCCACCAUUGCCGAGAUGUUUGUGGGACGGAUGGGCAAAGUCGCCGUGCAGCUCGUCAUGGGGCUCUACUGUGUCGGUUCGCUCUGGUCCUACGCGUCCGUGUUCUCGUCGUCGACGGCCUCGAUCUUUUUCACAUACGUGGUCGGGGACUCGUGCGACGUCUAUGGCGCCUCGCCGUCGCCUGGCUGUCUGGAUGCAUACUACGUCUUUAUGGCCAUCUUCUCCGUGAUUGUGCUGUCAAUGGUGCUCAUGGACAUCAGUGACCAGGCACUGGUGCAGAAGUUCUUGUCCGUGUAUCGACUCGUGGCCUUUGCGCUCAUGUUCAUGACCAUGACGGUCAAAGUGGUGAGUGACGGAUCCGACGCGAUGGCGUCUCGCUACGCGGCAAUUGGACUCGUGAACUGGCAGAACUUUGGCAAGGGCUUUGGACCCACGCUACUGGCUCUCAAUUGCCAGUACAACAUGCCGGAUGCACUGCAGCCACUGAAUCCCAAGUCCAAAGCGCGUUUCGUGGCGUUUGCUGCAUUGCUUAUUGCCGGCUCGUGCUACCUCCUCGUUGGCCUUCUUGGCGCGUUGUCGUUUGACGAGAUCAAUCCUCUGGCGACGCUGAUGUGGAGUUCAUACUCAGGUUGCGGCAAUGGAUGGGAUGAGUGCGGGUACUCGAACCCGUUCGGUAUCAUGGUGCAGCUGAUCAUUCUGUUGUUUCCGGUGAUUAACGUCGUGUCCGCAUACCCGAUGGUAGGGGUCACCGUUGGCGACAACAUGCUCAAGUCGUUUCCAUCGCACCUAACCGCGCGUCUAGGUGAAGGCUUCACGCGUAGUUUGUGCCGACUUUCCGUGGCAGCGCCUCCGAUCUUGUUUGCACUUGCGUUCAAACGCCUCGACUUCAUCUUUGCCGUGGCUGGACUGUUUGGCUUUCUACUUGGAUUGACAAUUCCGUGCUGGUUCCAAGUGAUUGGUAGUCGGUACUGCCAGGGCGUGUGGGGCUUUUCCGGGGCGGCUAUCACCGAGUUUACUGAGCCGGUGGUGAGCUCCGUCUCCUUUGCCAGAGGCUUCUUGGCUCUGACGUUCGUUAUUACGGCAGUCGCGAUUUCCACGAUUGUCACGUGA